AUGAAGCCACUUUUCUUUUUGUGCAUUUCUUUUUUUUUUUUACUUUUUUUACUUUGUUUUUCUUAUCUUUUAUUACUUUUCUUUUUUCUUUUCUUUCUUUUUUCUUCUCUUUUUUCUUUUUCUUUUCUUCUCUUUUUUCUUCUCGUUUUCUUUUUCUCUUCUAUUCUUUUCUUCUCUCUUUCUUCUUUCUUUUCUUUUCUUCUCUUUUUCUUUUCUUUUCUUCUCUUUUUUCUUCUCGUUUUCUUUUUCUUUUUCUUUUUCUCUUCUAUUCUUUUCUUUUUCUUUUUUCUUUUGUUCUCUUUUUCUUUCUUUUUUCUUCUCGUUUUCUUUUUCUCUUCUCUUCUUUUCUUCUCUUUUUCUUCUUUCUUUUAUUUUCUCCUCUUUUUCUUUUCUUUUCAUCUCUUUUUCUUUUUCUUCUUUCUUCUCUUCUUCUUUGUUUUUUACCCCCCUCCAUUUUAA